AUGAGCGCAUCGAUCGGUAGGAUAAGUUGUGUGGUAGUACAUAUUUUCGCGCUGUUACAUGGACCGAGCAUAUCGAUCGGCAAUCGGCAAUCGGCGAUCGGCCCAAUCUGUCGUGCAUUAUGGGCUAGCAAAGAGGCUAACAAUCUUGGUGCGAAGACAACCGAGUCCAUUCAAGUAUUGAAAUUAAUUGAAGGCAUCUUAAGCUCUUUCCGCAAACUGCUUCGGUUUGGAAAAGGGUUUGAGGUGCUUUAUGCCGCCGGUUCUAGCGUGGAAAUGAAACAACUAUCUCAGCAGUUGUUUAUUGUGCUCGGGAAAGUUUCCUCCGGCCUAUUCUUGCUGGCCGAUCACGUCGUAUGGUUAUCGCGAUCCGGUAUCAGUAAAGGGGUGGACGCGACGGAAUGGUUAGCCCGUUCGAACCGGUUUUGGUUAAUUUCGAUCGCGAUGAAUCUGUGCCGCGAUUUGCAGGAACUUUAUCGCCUGACUGUCUACUACAGCAGGUCCAACAUUCGCAACCUAGCUCGAACGGUGUCGGUUAUAUACAACGAAAACAAACCGUUGGUCGUUGAUACGGUGAAGAAUGUUUGCGAUAUUUUCAUCCCACUCAAUGGACUCGGUUACGUGAAAGUUUCGAACCAAACCAUCGGUAUUCUGGGGGCAACAUCUUCCAUCAUGGGUCUGUUACCGUUGAUUUACCCGAGAUUGAAGUUCUAGCGAUGUCCUUUAAAGAAACACAGCGAGAAACUAGUUGAUAAGUUGAAUUGUAAAUAGUUUAAGCGAU